GCUAUGUACAUACUGCCGUUUUCGGCAGUCAUGUAUUGGCACAAGCACCGGGCUUCGACCUCUCGUCGUCCUGCUGUGCGAACAUGGCUGUCUCGCUCCUUGAGCAAUGGCCCCCUGUGCUCUCAAAGGUCCAGCUUGAAUCGCUAACGCUACAGGCAACGACCUACGCUUUGUCUCAUGGCCUCGUUUACCUACCGGUAGCCACAGUUCAGCCACCCGCACCGACCUCCACGAUCCACGCACCUCUGGCUCUCUUCCCCUCUCCAUUUCCUCGCAGAUUGUUUCAACAUGCACAGAGGCUGCAACGGAUCUACAAUGUGCUCUACGCACGCGUCGCAAUGGACGAAGAGUUCCUCGAUCGCGUCAUGGGAGAGGUGGAGGGCGUAGGAAAAGUAGAUGAGUUCACAGGGCAGCUCUGGCGGCGAUGGAGGAAACUACGAGACGAGAAUGUUCCUCGACCUCUGCAACUAGGCCUCUUCCGAUCGGACUACCUCGCACACGCUCCCGGCAACGGCGAGCCAACGUCCCUCAAGCAAGUCGAGUUCAACACCAUAUCGUCAUCCUUCGGGGCUCUAUCAGAACGCUCCGCUAACUUACACAGAUAUUUAUUCAAAUCCACACAAUAUUAUGAAGUUUCCUCACAUCUCAGGGAAGAGAACUUCCCUUCUAACAACACCGUUGCGGGACUCGCCGAAGGACUUGCUGAAGCGCACAAGGCGUACGGUGUCCCCAACGCACGAAUACUCUUCGUGGUACAAGAGAAUGAGCGCAACGUCUUCGAUCAACGAUGGAUCGAGUACGAGUUGCUGGAAAAGCACGGUAUCCAUGUAGUCCGACAGACGUUCCGCCAGCUCGGCCAGUCAGUGACAGUGGAUUCUGCUACCCGCGUUCUCCGGAUAACUACCCCGUCCGGGCUACUUUCCGAUGGCUCUAAAUCCGUCGAGAUCUCGACGGUCUACUUCAGAGCUGGCUACACCCCUACCGAUUAUCCGACCCCCGAGUUCUAUGAUACGCGUUACCUCCUGGAAAGCUCGCGCGCGAUCCAAUGUCCAUCCAUUCAACUACAACUCGCAGGCGGCAAGAAAGUCCAGCAGGUUUUGACCAACCCCGGCGUGCUCGAGCGGUUCCUCGGCGACUCCUCCCGCUGGGGCACGGAGGUGUUCACCCCCGCUGAGCUGGACGAGCUGCGCUCGAGCUGGAUGGACAUGUGGGGCCUGGACGAGGACGUCCCCAACGCGAAUCCGACGUCCGGUCCCGCGAACGAGUGCUCUGGCGUCCGGCGGGCCCGCGAGCUCUCCGCGAAGCUGGUGCUGAAGCCGCAGCGCGAGGGCGGCGGGAACAACGUGUACAAGGAGGCGAUCCCCGCGUUCCUCGACAGCCUCCCCGUACAGGAGCGCGAGGCGUGGAUCGCGAUGGAGCUCAUCGCUGCGCCGGAGGGGCUGGGGAACUACCUUGUGCGUGCGGGCGGCGGGACGGAGGGCGCGGUCAAGGCGGAGGUCAUCAGUGAGCUGGGGAUCUUCGGGUGGGCGCUGUUUGGUGGAGCGGAUGGGCGGGUGAAGGAGAAGGAGAUAGGGUGGCUCCUUCGGACGAAGGGCAAGGAUAGUAAUGAGGGCGGCGUGGCUGCUGGGUUCUCGGUGCUCGACUCGGUGCUCCUCAUUGACGAUUGAACAUGCAGAAAGAAGUUAUGUAGGUGUGACAAUUGUGUAGA